GAUUUAAAGAAGAGAAGAAACUAGUUUUCAAGCCUGAAGUUCGCUGAUCCACAGCAGGCCACAGCAACAGAUGCCAGUGCCACAGCAUCACCGGUUGCCACACCUCUGGUCACCAGCCUCACCAGUCAGUCCUCCCACGAUCAGUCUCCAUGCUUCGCCCGAUCACACCAUGCGUCUCCAAGUCUGAAUGCAGCCAAAGCCACUGCCAAGAAGCCGAGGGCCCCCAGACAAGACUUUGCGCUAUCCGACAAAGAAGAAAAAGUCAUGUUUGAGUGGCUUGAGGCAACAGAAGAGGUUUGGAACACAAAGAAGGCUGGUUAUCAUAAACAUGAUGUUAAACAAGGACUUUGGGAGGCCCAGGCCAAAGUUAUGAACAAGAGUGCUGAACAUCUGAUUGGGUGGUUUGAGAGUGUCCGUGACACGAACACUCGAUUCAUCAAGAAGGGCAAAGGGAAGUCGGGGGACGGACGUGAUGAUGAUGAAAUCUGGACAGACCGGCAAUGGUUCAUAAUGGCGUCCAUGAAAUUCACGGAUAAGGUGUUUCGUCAUCGGCCAAAACCAGUCAGAAGUGUGGAGGCUCUUAUCCUUGAGCACUCAGGCAACUUGUAUGCUGCUGAAGCUGCUGUUGCACAGGAGGCCGCAGACAUAGACUCUGAAGGCGAACCGAGGGCUUCCACUUCAGCUGGCCCAAGAAGGAGUCCUGUCAAAGAAGGCGAGAUGGACCGAAUGUUACAGCUAAUGCAGGAACGAGCAGAAGACGGUCGGGACCGCACGGAAGAACUGCAAAAGUGUAAAGAGCAGCACCCCAGCACAGCGAGGAACACUUUUGCAGCCUAUGUCCGGGACUCCUUAAGCACCAUGUCGGAGUGGAGCUACAGAAAAGCAAAGGAUGAAAAUCUACCAGGUGUUGACAGAGUGUGAAGACGGGCCUGAAGAGGAAAGGGUCAAGCAGCAACAGGGACUACCUCAAAACCACAUGAGGCCACGACACACUGUCCUGCCUGUCCGUGGACUGCAGCCGGUCCUGUCCUGUCUUUCUGCAAACAUGUCUGAAGUACAGCAGCUGAGGGACAUGUUGAAACUACAGCUAA